UCUAUGAAUACUUCCAUGAACAUCGCAAAUAUGGACAGGAGCCAUUUGAGAGCGACCGCAGCGAAAUAUCGCUCCAAAAGAGGUGGGGAGCAAUUCAAACGGAAUGCAACAAGUUCCAGGCGGCGUAUGAUCACGCGAAGCGGGUCCCCGUUAGUGGCAUGGGUGUGAAGGACUUGGUGUGGCGAGCUUUGGAAUUCUACAAAGUCAACAAUGGAGAGAAGACCUUUGCCUUCCCUCAUUGUUGGAAGGAACUCCACGGCACCCCCAAGUUCCAGGAGGGGUACGAGGGGUACAUGGCGACCUUGACUGGCAACAAUCCCGCCAAAGAUGCCACUGUCAUUGACCUUGAUGGUGGGCAGCCUUGCGGUAGCUCCGCUUCUCGUGCAAGUCGUCCAUGCGGCCACAAGUCAACCAAAGCCGACAUGAAGCGUGAUGCUUCGUCCAUGCUAUUGUACGGCACUUUGAAGGAGAUGCAUGCGGACAGAGAGGUGUCCACGGACAAGAGGGAUGAGAGGAGGCGCCGGGAGAAAGAAGAGGACAGGAAGAAAUUCUUUGAUGUCCAGCAGAAGAAGCUUGAGAUUGAAGAGGUCAAGGCCAAGACCAAAGCUAAAGAACUUGAGCUCAAAGAGAGAGAACUUGACCUCAUAGCAAUGGCAAGGGCCAAAGAGGUGGAGCUGAAGGCGAAGGAAGUUGAGCUCAAACGCCAAGCCGAGGACAACCUCAUCAUGAACGCCGACUUGACCAACAUGAGCGAGGCAAAGAGAGCUUGGUUCGAGAAGAGACAGAAGGAGAUCCUCGAGCGCCCAAUUUGAGUUAGACAAUCUCAAUUGUAAUUUUUAUAUUUUUCUCAAACUAUGGCACAUUUUAUUUGAUUUAUCAUGGUA